AUGGGCUGCUUCUCCGCAGCCGCCAUCUUCGCCGUUCCCCCUCUGCAAUGGGAGUCAGCCGAGUCGAAUAGUAGUCAGGCUCCAAGCCCGCCCGACGCCGCGCUUUUUCUCGAGGUUUCCACACAUCGUCUGCUAACCAUUGGCGGCGCUGUCCGAGACAGUAUUCAACCACCCAUGAAGCUCCUCUCCCUCUCCACACUCCUUUCCUUAUCCUUAUCUCUCAGUCUUGGGGGUGCAUCUCCCGUCUUUCUGGGAGGCGAUAAGAGAGAUGCGCUGUAUCAGAAACCUAUUGCCCCAGCCGGCGAAUUUCCAUUCGACUCGAGCCCACCUGAAGCGCGCAUGACAAUUCCUUAUGCCGACGAUGAACCGGACUCCAGUCUCUCCAUCCCUUCGUGGCCAACCACCCACCUUCUGGCUAGGAGACUGCUAGGCCUCUCCACCACGGGAGUCCUAUCCACCGUAUUCCCAAGGACUAACCGGGAUCCAGCCCUCAUCGGCGUCCCAAUCGGUCUGCCAGAUUACUUUGCCAAUUGCGACGACAAUUCAAAGCUUCAGGACUUCUUGGGCUCCGGAAACCCGCUCGUCCUGGCGUUGAAUCUUGGAACCUCUUUUCGAAACACCAAAGCUGGCUCCAACAUCUCCCUGUCGGUGGAUUGGUGGCAACACGCCCCGCCGGAUGAAGAUGGUGACCUCGACAAGGCACCAGCUGCCUUCCCACGCCUAUCCUUGAUCGGCUGGCUCGAACCUUUGUCCACUCCCCUCCCUGAUGAUGCAAGGCAUGCGAUCGAGCAGUGUUUCUUGACUGCUCAUCCGGAUGCCAAAUAUUGGCUGCCCGGCGAUCCUAACGCUGCCCACAGGGGAUAUUGGGCACGAUUGGUUGUGGAGAAAGCCCUUUGGAUCGGAGGAUUUGGCGACCGGGCGAGGAUUGGAUGGCUGGACAUUGGAGACUGGAGGAAUAUCAGGAAGCACGGGAAAUCGGGCGAGCGAGGAUGGGCCGAUGUGAGGCUUCCUGGAGAGGAGAAGGACUAGGUUGACACUGGACAUACAAAAGAACCUUAUGUACAUAAAAGUGAACUGGCUCUUUAAGUGCCUUUCUCUAGCAUAGUUACCUAUGAAUUACGCCUUGAUG